AUGACUACUUACGAGGAGGCACUCACAACUGAACAGGAUUACUCUCAAUAUCCAUCUGCAAUGCAGACGAACGGCCUAUCAGAGCAACCGCCGCCAGCUGCUGAGGGAGAGGAUAAUUCUCAGUCAGAGGCAGCGUCCGUUCCACCCCCUCCUCAGCAAUCCGAGUGGGAUCAGGCACAAGAGUUAGUUAAUGCCAAUCCUGACGACUUUGGAGCUUGGGAAUACCUGAUUCGUGUAGCAGAAUCAGUAGAUGGGGGCAUAACAGCACAAUCUUCAGAGGAGAAUAUCAAGAACGUACGCAAUGUCUAUGACCGAUUUUUGGCCAAAUUUCCUCUAUGUUUCGGAUACUGGAGAAAAUAUGCCGACAUUGAGUUGGCAAUAGAUAGCGCUGCUGGAGCAGAGAAGAUCUAUGAAAGAGGCGUGGCUGCAAUAUCUAAUUCGGUCGAUUUAUGGACGCAGUAUUGUCAGUUCAAGAUCGAACAUGCAGAGAGCGAUGAAGAAAUUAGAGGAUUAUUUGAACGGGGUGCUGCAUGCGUUGGACUUGACUUUCUUGCGCAUAUAUUUUGGGAUAAGUAUAUUGAGUUUGAAGAAUCAAGAGAUGCUCACGAUCGAGUAUUGAGUCUCCUUGAGCGUAUUAUUCGAAUUCCAUUGCAUCAGUAUGCAAAGUUUUUCGACAAGUACUCACAAUUAUCACAAACGCGGCCACUGACCGAACUCACAGAAGAACAGAUUCAACAAGAUAUUAGAAUGCGUAUUUAUAAUAUGAAUGUGGAAAUAUACAUGAAAACACAAGCAGAAACAAACAAGCGAUGGCCAUUCGAACACGAGAUAAAACGACCGUACUUCCAUGUAAAACCAAUGGAUGAAUUACAGCUGACAAACUGGCGUAGGUACCUCGACUUUGAAGAGUCAGAAGGUGAUGAUACACGUAUUCAAGUAUUGCACGAGCGCUGCUUGGUUGCAUGUGCUCUAUACGAUGAAUUUUGGUUGAGAUAUGCACGAUGGAUGCUAUCGAAAAACAGAAUCCAGGAAGCCCGAAAUAUAUUUUCGAGAGCAAUAACCGUAUUCAUCCCUGUCAACCGUCCAAGUAUUCGUUUGUCAUUUGCUCUUUUCGAAGAAGAGCAAAAUAGAAUUGAAGCAGCGCGAGAAAUAUACAAGGAAUUAACAGAAAACCUACCGGGAUGUGCAGAAGUAAUCUAUAAAAAUGCUAAUUUCGAAAGAAGGCAGAAUCCAGGCGAUUCUUCAAUUGCACUCGAUAUUCUCAAGCAGUCACUUGAAGGGGAUAUUCUGUCUGAUGAAAGAUCAGCUGCAUUCAUCAGCGUACAGUAUGCAAAUAUGCUGUGGCGAUCUAAACAGUCCGUUGAAGAAGCAAGAACAAUAUAUCAAGAAGGAACCACCAAAUUUCUUGGUAGUAAAUAUUUCUGGUUAAACUAUCUAAAUUUUGAACUGGCCCAAAAUGACGACCCGGCAGAGCAAAGGAUUACAGAAGUCUUUGAGAAAAUUCGUAGUGAUUCAACAAUUUCACCAGAGUCAAUACGGGACAUAUCUCAACGAUAUCUCGACUUUUUAACGGAACGCAGUCAGUCUAUAUCAGCCAUUAGCAAAGUAGAAAUGGAUCUUAAUAGUCCAAUUGCCCUUAGGGCAGCCCAAGAUGGAAAGAAGAGAGUAGCCGAAGAUGAAGAUAUAGAUCGACCAAUGAAGAUGAUGCGAGGACAAUGGCCGUACCCUGCAACUGGUGCUGCUGCCCAGGUUGGUUUUGAGGGCUAUCCAUAUGCUUAUCCUUACGCACAACCACCGACAACACCCACGGCCCCGACAGCUGCAGCAACCGGUGCAUGGGAUUAUACUCAACCUAGCGCAACAGGAUAUCAAUAA